UGCGGAUGUAGUAUUGUUUAGUGUCACACUUGUAGGCUGCAAUCAUGAGCGGCUUUAGUUUUGGCGCCACCAAUACGAGCACCCCUGCACAGGGUUUCUCGUCCACACCAGCCCCAUCUACGAAUGCUUUUGGACAGAGCAAUACAGGCGGCGGCGGCGGCGGUUUGUUUGGCAACACCAAUACGACUUCCACGAAUACGUUUGGCGCCGCUCCUGCUACUACAGCGACAGGUGGAACCAGCUUAUUUGGCAACACUGGUAGUACUGCCGCUCCUUCCGGAGGCUUGUUUGGCAGCACAACAAAUAAUACCACACAGCAAUCUAACCCAUUCGGUGCCACCACAGGCACAACGUCCUUAUUUGGUGGUCAAAGCCAACCCGCGGCAUCAACCGCUCCCACAGGCUCGAUCUUCGGCAAUACGGCGUUCAAUACGACGUCCAAUAUAAAUACAGGCGGAGGCUUAUUUGGUGGUGGUGGUGGUUUUGGUGGCACACAACAAACACAGUCCACUUUCGGAACCUCCACUAUUUCCGGUAUGCCCGUUUUACUACAAAUGAACCAUCAGAACACACAGUCAACACAGUAG